AGGAUUACCUCUACGCCCACACUCAGUGUAGCACAAUAUAAUGUUUAUAGACUACUGGUUUAUAAGCCCCAUUUGUAAAGAAAGAAAAUCUGUGAUUCGAAUAUCUCCGUCUCAAAGAUUGGGAAUACUGUGGGAGAAUUGCGGCAUUCCACUAACUGCAUCCUGAAACCUGCCUCCAGAAAUCAUUGCAGAAUGAGCUGACAUCGUCUACUUUAAGGAAGACAGUUUGGCACAUGAAUCAUGACGAAGGGAACCAGCGACAAGCAGCGAGGACUUGAGAUACAAGAGGAUAAAGAUGACGCUUUCGUGUGUUUUGGAUAUCGACGAAGUAAAGCAUGGGCGUGGUUGUGCUACGUCUUAUGUGUCUGUACCGUGGGACUUGCAGCACUCAUAUUCUACUGGAAGCCUGAUUGGUGGAUCAAGGUCACGUGUCGAACAUGUGUCCUCAAGGAGGCCGAUUCCGUCAUAAUAAAGGAUAUCUAUAAGCGAAACCACGUUUGCCGAAUUCGGGAAAUGAAAGUGAAUUCUGAAAGUAUUUGCGGAACAAAAACCAUCAAGAAGCUGUUACAUCGUGAUGUCGUGAUCGAUGGCGUGUUAAAGUAUUUGAAAUUUCAGAAAGUUCGUUACAUUUGGGAUCCAAGGGAAGAAACGUUCUUCAAGUUGAGAGUACUUGAUGGCGCCACCAGUUGUUCAGAAUUUUACGACAAGUUGCAGAACGGUCUGUCUGAGAAAGAAGCAAACAAAAGGCGAUUCAUUUACGGUGACAACAAAAUUGUCAUUCGAGUACGUCCGAUCAUUGUUCUGCUUAUUCAGGAGAUUUUGAAUCCCUUCUACAUCUUCCAGAUAUUCAGUGUCUGUGUUUGGAUAUCGGAUGAGUACUACUAUUACAGCGGGUGUAUCGUCAUUAUGUCUACUGUGUCUAUCACCUUGGCUUUGUACACGACCAGGAAGCAAAGCGUUACUCUCAGGAACAUGGUGGAGUCCAACACAACCGUCGAAGUUCUAAGGAAAAACGGAGAAUGUAUCCAAAUACCGGAGGAUCAGCUGGUGCCUGGUGACGUCAUCGUUGUUCCUCCGCAGGGCUGCAUGAUGACAUGUGAUGCGGUUCUGCUCACCGGUAACUGCAUCGUCAACGAGAGUAUGCUUACAGGUGAGAGCGUCCCAGUAACCAAGACACCAGUGCCGUGUACCAGCGAUACUGACGGUGAUGGCUCGUCUGGAUACAACGCAGACAAGCAUAAGCGCCAUACGCUAUACUGCGGAACGCACAUCAUACAGACACGAUACUACGAGGGGGAAAUGGUCAAAUCGGUGGUGGUCAAAACAGGAUUUUCGACUGCCAAAGGAAACUUGGUUCGCUCCAUUCUCUACCCCAAACCGAUGGAUUUCAGCAUGCUCAAAGAUGCACUUCUAUUUCUUGGCGUAUUGGCUACUUUUGCUCUCAUCGGUUUCAUCUAUGCAGUUGUCAUCUUCAUUAACUUCGGCUACUCAGCGGGUUCUAUCGUUCUACGAGCCCUCGACAUCAUAACGAUCGCGGUGCCUCCUGCUCUGCCUGCCUCCCUGACCAUAGGAAUGUUAUACGCUCAGUUCCGUCUGAAAGCUAAAGGAAUAUUCUGCAUCAGUCCUCAGCGAAUCAACACCUGUGGGUCUCUGAAUGUCGUCUGCUUCGAUAAGACUGGCACCCUUACCGAGGACGGCCUGGACAUGAAGGGCGUUCAGCUUGCUGAAGGCGGGAUUUUUGGUAAACUCAAGAAGUCUGUAACGGACGAUCCCAUUGGUCACCAUAUCGCUGCCAUGGCAACUUGUCACUCACUGACCGUCAUCAAUGGGGAGUUGAGUGGUGACCCCAUUGACCUCAAGAUGUUCCAAGCUACGGGAUGGGAUCUUGAGGAACCUACAAGCCAAGAAAGUACCAACUUUGACAUGCUGGUACCCACCAUCGUACGGCCACCAUGGAAAACAGUUGAGGAUGAUCUUGAGAUAGGCAUCUUGAAGCAAUUCCCCUUCUCUUCUGAACUGCAACGGAUGAGCGUCAUCACGCGAACUCUCCGAGAUGAAACCAUGCAACUCUACGUUAAAGGGUCGCCUGAAAUGAUCACGUCUCUCUCCAAGAGGUCCACGGUUCCUGCAGAUUUUCAAGACCAACUGAACUCAUACACAGAGGAUGGAUUUCGAGUGCUUGCCAUGGCAACCAAACAGCUCGAUCCAAAACUCACCUGGCACAAAGCACGACAAAUAAACAGGAACCAGGUGGAGAACGACCUGACAUUCCUGGGUCUGCUGAUCAUGCAGAAUCAGCUCAAACCAGAGACAAAACCUGUCAUCCGGGAACUCCAAGAUGCUGGCAUCAGAACGGUCAUGAUAACAGGUGAUAACAUCCUCACAGCGAUCAACGUUGCCCGUAAAUGUGGCAUGAUAUCAGCAGGGGAAGACAUCGUCAGGGUGGAGGCCGAGCAGGGACACGAAGGCAACAAACUGCGGCUCACUCAGGUGGUGGGAGGCACUGGGAAGAAGGAAACAAGCUUCCAGGAUCACGUUGGGAAUGGGGAUUGUGAAGAGAUUCAUCUUCAGAUUGAGCCGACAGUUGGUCGACGGACGCACUACGCCAUCGAUGGAAAGUCCUUCCAAGCAAUCAUGGAACACACAGACGCCGACACUGUGGGAAAGCUUGCCGUCCAAGGCACAGUCUUUGCCCGCAUGACACCGGACCAGAAAGCUCAACUUGUCCAGUCGCUCCAGGAUUUAGAAUACCGCGUUGGAAUGUGUGGCGAUGGAGCGAACGACUGCGGCGCACUGAAAGCAGCACACGCUGGUGUGGCACUUACUGAAACAGAGGCCUCCGUAGCUGCGCCGUUCACGUCUAAAAUUCCAAAUAUAUCGUGCAUUCCUGACGUGAUCAAGCAGGGUCGCUCUGCAUUGGUGACGUCAUUCGGAAUGUUCAAGUUCAUCGCACUUUACAGCAUGAUUCAGUUUAUUACCGUCAUCCUUUGUUACUCUUAUCAAUCCAACAUGAGCGACUUUAUGUUCAUGUAUGCCGACAUCUUCGUGAUAACAACAGUCAUCCUGUGCAUGGGUCGUAACGAUGCUUACCACGCCAUAGCGAGGCAGAAGCCGCCUAGUAAGCUCGCUAUCACCCCGGUGAUGGUUUCCCUGGUGAUGCAGGUCCUCAUCCAAGCAAUUUGUCAAGUUGCAAUCUUUUUCAUCCUCAAACAGCAACCAUGGUUUGUUCCCUUGGAUCCGGAGGCAGAUUCCAGAAACCCGAUCGGCUGGGAGACGACAUCCAUUUUCCUAGUGGCCAUGUUUCAGUAUUCCACCGUUGCCAUCGUGUACACGCCGGGAAAACCCUACCGGAAAGCAUUCUACUCAAACUAUUUGUACAUGGCCGACCUCAUCAUAAUCCACGCUUGUAGCCUGGUUCUCUUGUUCUAUCCGCCCACGGAGAUUGAGGAGCUGUUUGAGCUGAAGCACAUCCCGAGUUAUCGGUUCAAGGGAGUCAUAUUUGGCGUGGUGCUCAUCAACUUUGUCUUAUCUGCUUUGGUAGAGCUCCUCGUCAUUCCCAGUCGAAGACUGAUGAGGCUGUUGUCUUGUAGACGUUUCCGUAAGGUUACUCUACGGCCAUAUGAAGAACUGGCGAUGAGGCCAAUUCCCAUGAAGUAUGACGUUACUCAUAUCUGAUAUUACAACGAGGCUUGUUCUUUUGGUGUCUCAUUCAGUUGAGUUUACAGCAAUGUAUUCAAUAAUUACACAUGCUUAUUUGUAUUAAAAUAAUUUGACUUGCAAUAUUUUAUUUUUAAAUGAAGCUUCAUUAUUUGUUUGAUGUACCACAAGGAUAUGAAAAACUGAUAUAUCACAAAUAUUUUUUUCUCUAAAAAAGUCACGCACAAACACGAAUCAAACACGAGUUAUAUCAUAAUUGAUGAACAUAUUGGAAAAGGUUAUUUAUUCAUGUCUUUGAUAAUAAGAGAGAUAGGGCCUGAUCAUCAUAAAAAAAACAUGUUGCCAGAAUAAGUUAGUAAUUGUAUGUACAUAAUAAGCCGGGAA